AUGCAACUCUCCUUCAAGAUAUUAAAUAAAACAAUCCAAGCAACAGAAAAAACCGCCACAUGGAAGAUCGAUCGCAGACCAGAGAAGUAUUUUGUUGUAGUGGUAGCGAAACUUGGAGAAUACACCGGACCUAACAGCACGGAGUUAGUAAUUGAUCUCAAGGAGUUAGCUCCCGACGAGCCACCGACGAACCUGAGAGCAGACGUUUUCAAUCCUUUUGAGGUCUACAUACUAUUCGAUCCGUUACCUCUGAGCAAAAUCCACGGCCAAGACAAAGGUUGCAAG